AUCUCAUUCUUAUUAUUUCAUAAAUAAUAUUUAUAUAUAUUAUAUAUAUAUAUAUAUAUUUCCCUCUAAAAUUUAUAUAAAAUGGUGGAAAGGAUACGCCAGAUCAGCAAACUGAAGCAAAUGAUACGGCGCUGGAGAUCGCUGAGUCGCCGGCGAUGGCCGAGCCAGUCAAGCUCAGGCAACGGUUCAUCGAGAUCGGUUCGGGCCGGGUUCGUGGCGGUCUACGUUGGAGCGGACCGGCUUCGGUUCGAGAUCCCAACCCGGUUCCUCAAUCUCCCCGUCUUCGCUUCGCUAUUAGAGAGGGCGGAGGAGGAGUAUGGAUUCCAACCCGCCGGUGGCCUCGCACUCCCCUGCGAUCCUGGGUUCUUCGGGUGGCUCGUCGAGGCGCUUGAUCGGGACGAGACCCGAUUUGCGCGACUUGGCCUCGAUGCCUUCUCGGAGCUCUUCGCCGCCGUGGCCGUGGAAAGCUCGUGCCGCGACGAAGCUGCCUGCGCCGCCGGAUCUAGCCCGCUGCUUUCGCUUGCGAGAAUGUGAUUUAGGGUUUCCGAGGUUUGUGGUUUAAAAAAAAAAAAAAAGAUAAAAUAUAAAUGUUUUAGUUUUAAGGGGGGUGUUUGUAAAUGGAGGGAAGGAGGAUCAUGCUGACGUGGAAUGAUGACGUGGCGUGAUGAAGAAUUGGGGAUGUUAGCGUUUGAUACGCAUUGAAGCCAUCCAAUGAGCGAUUCGAAUCUCUAAUGUUUAAGUUCAGGGAUUCUCGC